AAAAUGGAUUAUGAAUAGGUGAUGAAUGACAAGAAGUUGAGAGAGCAGCUAGAGGGAGGGGAAACGAUAGUUUUGACUAUGAAAGUGAUAAAGUUCACAGGACAAAAUAAAAAGUUGCCACGAGUGAUUGUAAGGACAAUGUUUGAUUUGUGUUUAUAGGCAAUAACAAAUAAGAACAUAUAUAACAUAUCUCCAGCCGAAGGUAGUGCAGUCAAGAAUUUCUUUUAGAAUUUAGUGUAGAAGUAAGAAUCUGCAUAACCUAAAUUAGAUCGAGGAUCAAGAGAAAAAUAGCAUUAUCUGCAAUAAUAGGAAUAACCAUUUCAAAAAUAGUGAAGGAGUUCAUUCUUCAUAUCCCAACCGAAUAUGAUUAGCGAUAUUAGGUGGAUGAUUAGUAAAUAUUGACCAUUAUCAUUUAGAUUGGCAUUAAUAAUUUAAACACUUUGUGAAGUUUAUAUAAAGCAUAACCUAAAGAAAAUAAAGUGUUUCUUCAUUGAGGAAAUGAAUCUAAGUCAAUAUACAACAACUAAUUACGACAUUAAGAAGAACAUCAGAAGGCAAUUGCCAAAGUAAGGAAGCGAGAUGACAGUAGACGAAGUGAAAAUGGCAAUGCAAGCAUCAAGGGGAAAUGUUUAGACAUUGUAUCAGAAAUCGAAUUCUCCUGAGAUUAGCAUUGAAGAUUUCACAUUGAUCAAAAUGUUGGGGAGAGGGGCAUUUGGAAAGGUGAUGUUGUGUGAAAAGAAGGAUACUAAGGAGAUAUUUGCAAUUAAGAGUUUAAGAAAGGAAGAUAUCAUUUCUAGAGAUCAUAUUGAGUAUUUGAAGACUGAAAGAAAGAUAUUGGAGUAGACUCAGCAUCCCUUUUUGGUGUCAUUGGAGUAUGCCUUCAUCACUUAAGAAUGCGUUUACUUCGUAAUGAAGUUUAUGAUGUAAAUUAUGAAUUCUAUGUCAGAGGGGGUGAAUUGUAUACUCAUUUGUAGAAGAUAAAUAAAUUUAAUGAGGAAUUUGCUUUAUUCUACUCAUCACAAGUUCUAUUGGCUUUGGAGUAUCUGCAUAAGUAGGGUAUUAUCUACAGAGAUUUGAAACCAGAGAACAUUUUGAUGGAUGAAAAAGGAUACGUGGCCUUGACUGAUUAUGGAUUGGCUAAGUUCUUAUCAAAGGGAUAGGUUACUUAAUCUAUUGUAGGCACUCCUGAAUAUCUGGCACCCGAAGUAAUUACUCAAUAGGGACAUGCUUUCACUGCUGAUUGGUGGUGCUUGGGUAUAUUGAUGUAAGAUAUUUUGGAAUAUUCUAGUUAUGAAAUGUUGUGUGGUAAGACUCCAUUCUUUUCAGAGAAUAGAAAUCAGAUGUUCAGGAAUAUUGUGGAAUCUGAGUUGAAAUUCCCAUCAACUCUCCACAUCACACCAGAGUGUAAGAGUCUCCUAACAAGUUUACUCAAGAAGAAACCCAAUGAACGUCUGGGCAAUAAGGGAGAUGCCGAGGAGAUUAAGAAGCAUCCCUGGUUCAAACGCAUGGACUUUUAGAGACUGAUUGCAAAAGAAGUAAUAGAAUAUAUUCGAACAUGUAGAUUUAAGCACCAAUAAUUCCAGACUUAUAAUCUGCCACAGAUUUAUCAAAUUUUAAUCCCCAAAUUUUAGACGAAAGUAAUUUCACUUUAUUUUAUAUAAGAAAUUGAGGAAGGUGAGCCAUAAGGUACAACAAAUACUUAGGCUUUGAAAAAAUUUGAUUAAGAAUUCUAUGGUUUGAAUUACAAAAAAGAAUGA